GCCUCUUGGUUUCUCAGGUGUCAGGGGCAACGCACUGGACAGCAACAGAUAUCCCAGGACUCUGUGCAGGAGAAGAUAGAACUGAGCGGAGUGAAGAGUAGAAGAGACUGAAAACAUAUGAUCAAAAAAACAAGAAGAAAGGGAACCGUGUACCAUGUUAAUAUGAUGACAGAAAAGAAAAGCGGUGGGAUACAAUGGACAAGAAGACAUGCUCAGUUACCAACCAGAAUGAAACAAAUCUCUAAGAUGACUCUGAAUUAGUGGCACCUGGAGGAGAUGAGUCAAACACAGAGGAAGAAAGUGUUAGUCAGCAUUUAACAGCUGACUCUGGGACAAAGAAUCCCAAGAGGAAAGAGAUGACAAAUGCUGGCUAAUUGUUGCCUCAAAGCACAAGUGAUUGCCUUUGAAAUAUUUCCCAAAUGACCAAAGGAGGACAUGGUCCAGGAUCCUCUGCCUGAGCUUAAGGAAUACCUCUCCUCUCCACAAUGCCCAAACGAGUAAAUAAUUUCCAGGGUCAAAGCUUUCACAAGCUGAGGCGAGCCUGCAUGCGCCGAGGGGCACUCUUUAAGGAUUCGCUGUUUCCCGCCACCGCCCAAUCCCUCUUCUACAAGAGGAAGCCCCCGCCGGGACUGACGUGGAAGAGGCCAGGGGAGAUAUGUAAGGACCCCCGUCUGUUUGUUGAUGGCAUCAGCACUCGUGACUUGCACCAAGGCAGUCUGGGUAACUGCUGGAUGGUGGCUGCCAUUUCCUGCUUAGCAUCUGAGCCAUCUUUGUGGAAAAAGGUUAUUCCAGACCAUUUGAACCAGGAGUGGAAUCCAAAGCAUCCUAACCUGUACGCAGGCAUCUUUCAUUUCCGGUUCUGGAGACUCGGUCGUUGGAUGGAUGUUGUUGUUGACGACCGUCUACCCGUCAACAAGGACGGAGUGCUGCUCUUCUGCCGCUCGGCCACACCACAAGAGUUUUGGAGCGCCCUGUUAGAGAAGGCCUAUGCCAAGCUGAACGGCUGCUACGAGGCCCUGGAGGGAGGAAACACUACAGAGGCACUGAUCGACUUCACUGGCGGAGUUUCAGAGCCACUAAGCUUGGAUCGUGGGUCCCUAAGCCAGCACAGCGACCAGAGGAGGGCGUUUUUCCAGACAUUAGCUCAUGCUCAUGAAGUCAAAGCACUCAUCACCUGCUCCAUACGGCCAGCAGAGGGGGAGACAGUGGAGUCUGUGUUGGAUUGUGGCCUGGUGCAAGGGCAUGCCUACGGGAUCACAGCAGUGAGGAAGGUGAGGCUGGGGGAGAAGCGGCCGAAGACGGGAUGGAUGUCCCGACUCUUGAUGGUGCGCAUGAGAAACCCAUGGGGGACCACAGACUGGACGGGUGCCUGGAGUCAGGGGUCGCAGCAGUGGCAACAGAUGAGUCGCGCAGAGAGGGAGAAGAUGGGCCUCAUUGUUAGAGACAUUGGGGAGUUCUGGAUGGAUUUUGAGGAUUUCUGUCACUACUUCACUGACGUGGUCGUGUGCUGGCUGGUAGAGAGGGCUCCGCUGUGGCCGAGCUCUUACUGGAGGGAAGUGCAGUGCUAUGGGGAGUGGACUUUAGCUCCCACUUCCCCGGGAACACCUCCAUCCACCGUCCUCAACUGCAGCCACGCGCUGAGCUUGGGAAAGAACAGCGCCAAACCUGAAGGGACCAAGCAACAAGGGAACCAGAAGGAGGCCAGGCUUGGGGAGAGUCAGCAGAAGGAAGGGAAAGGAGGAAGGUGUGAGCGAGACAAGACUGUAAAAAAAGAGACAAAGGAAGAUGAUAGUGUAGAGGUGGGAGGAUGGGAGGUCCAGAUGGAUAAGAGGAGUCGAUGUGGAGGAUGCAUCAACCACAGAGACACUUUCCUGUACAAUCCACAGUUCAUGUUUGAGGUGAGAGGCAAAGAGGAGGAGGUGCUGAUCUGUCUGCAGCAGGAGGACAGGAGGGCACAGAGGAAAGAUGGAGGAGGAGAAAACCUGCCUAUAGGGUUUGAGGUGCUUAAGGUGGAGGUGAACCGCUGUAGCCGGGUGCAGUGUGUGGUGGAGCAGGCGGCCAGCUCUGUCUACAUGGACUCCCGCAGUGUGACGCUGAGGGGGACUUUGACUCUGGGGCGCUACGUCGUAUUGCCCACCACCUUCCUGCCAGGCGCCACAGGACGCUUCCUCCUACGUCUCUUCUCCCACUCCCAUAUCCAACUCAGGGAAUUGAGGGAGGAUUAUCCAUCUCCUUGUGUCUUCCAGUGUUUCUUACCUCAACCCACUGUGGUGACCACAGUCUACCUCCACAGGGCAUCAGGACUCAGCCUUCCCAAACAGACAGCUCCAGAUGUUUAUGCCAUAGUGCGUUGUGAGAACAACAUCAUAAGGACACAGGUUUUCAAGGUGGAGGGAAAUCCUGAGUUCAACCUCAGAGCCAUCUUCUACAGGAGAUACCCCAGCACACACAUCUCUAUUGAGUUAUGGAGCAGAGGUUGGCUGUGGGACUCCAUCUUGGGUGGGGCUCGACUCCAGACAGCAGAAUGUGAAAAGACUCAAAGCCAUGUAAUCGAUCUACGAGGCGGCCAUUACCGUUCAGGAUACCGAGGGUGCGUCUACGUUGAGACGUCCUCCAGCGUCUGCCUCACAGACUUAUGACAGCAUCGUCUGGUUGCCUUGUUAAUGACGUCAAGACAUGGCAACCGGACAGCCUCUCGGGUGGAGGUUUAUGGACAAACAGAAGUUUUUAUGAACUAUUGAAAAAAACUUCAUGAGUAAAGAUUGAGUUAACUAGCUAUGGUGCUGGUAUGUAUUGACAAAUGUAGCAUUCAUAGGUGAACUGUGCAUUUCCCUAUUUAAUGUGUAUGCUCUGCAGUGAUCUGCUGGUCAGACGUGCAGGUGUAUCCUUCAUGACUUCAGCAGUCUAUCAAAAAAUAUGUUGAACUGCUGGCAAAAUAAUAUAUAUGGUAUAUGUUAUAUUUAUUACAUUGUCAAUACUGCUGUCAUGUGUGAGUUUUGCUCUUGUUGCUGUCAUAUUUGUAUUUUAAUUUACAAUUAUUUAUGUUGUUAAUAUACUUUAAUGUAAACGUACAAAAUCCCAUUUGCAAAACAUUUUCUUAUUAUUAAAGGUCCCAUAUUAUGCUCAUUUUCAAGUUCAUAGAUUUGGGUUUUUUACUAAAACAUGUUUACGUGCUUUAAUGUUAAAACAAAACUGAAUAUCAAUUUUGCUGACUUCAGAUGGUCUCAUAUCUUUAAAUGAUUAGACAAGACUAACACCAGUACUUAGAUAAUGUGCACUAGUGAAGUGCACUCUAGUAAGAGUGAAGGAUUAACCAUAGAUGAAAAUGCAAAUUUUAGGUUUGAACUUGAGAUAUUGUCUUUUUCUAACCUUAAAUGAACUUGUACAAAGAGAAUACAGCACUAAAAUAGUGUGAACAUGUACAAAAGGUUUUUUAUGUUUCCACUUUUUUGAUGAUGGAGAUUAUUGAGACUUCAACAUUACUGCGGCUGACAGUAUUCUGGAAAAUCAUAUCUACUGUGUAGCUGCCACUGUAUGUGGCCACACCUCUGUUCCAAUGCAAACUAAGUUAAGA